CACCAGUGGAAGGGGAAGCCCUUGGUCCUGCCAAGACUGAAAUCCAGUGAACGAGAUUGUUGCGGGGAGAGCAGUAAUGGUGGGAGGAUGGGGAGGGGAACACACAUAUAGAAGAGGAGAGGGAGGAGUUAGGGGGAUGUUGGCCUGGAAACCGGGAAAGGGAAUAACAAUUGUAUAUAAGAAAUACCCAAAUUAAUAAAGAUGGAGAAAAAAGUCAUUAUUUCUUUUUCCUAUCACCAUGGUAUCUGUUACUUACCAGCUUUGAGCAAUGCAAGUUAUAUUUUAACCUCUUGUAUAAAGCUUUUCGGAUAAAAGAUCAAGCAGUGAUAGAAGGGAACACACUGUGACCAGAAGGACUUUGAUGUUCAAAAUGCCCAGAAAGUGGAUUUCUGCUCUGUUCCUGCUACAGAUAAGUUACUGUUUCAAAUCUGGGCACUGUGGGAAGGUGUUGGUGUGGCCGAUGGACUUUAGUCACUGGAUGAAUAUAAAAAUAAUCCUUGAUGAACUUGUACAGAGGGGCCAUGAGGUCACUGUUCUGAAACCUUCGGCUUACUUUUUUCUUGAUCCGAAAAAAUCGUCUGACCUUAAGUUUGAAAUUUUUCCUACAUCUAUCAGUAAAGAUGAGCUGCAAAAUCAUUUCAUAAAACUUUUGGAUGUGUGGACUUAUGAGUUGCCAAGAGAUACAUGUUUGUCAUAUUCUCCUAUCCUUCAAAAUCUAGUUUAUGAAUUUUCUUAUUUUUAUCUAAGUAUUUGUAAAGACGCUGUUUCAAACAAGCAGCUCAUGACAAAACUACAGGAAUCCAAGUUUGAUGUUCUUUUCGCAGAUCCUGUGGCUUCCUGUGGGGAUCUGAUAGCUGAACUGCUCCACAUUCCUUUUCUGUACAGUCUUAGCUUCUCUCCAGGCCACAAACUUGAAAAGUCCAUUGGAAAAUUUAUACUCCCUCCAUCUUAUGUGCCUGUAAUUUUGUCGGGACUGGCUGGCAAAAUGACAUUCAUAGACAGGGUAAAAAAUAUGAUAUGUAUGCUUUAUUUCGACUUUUGGUUCGAGAGACUUAGACACAAGGAAUGGGACACAUUUUACAGUGAGAUUUUGGGAAGGCCCACCACCGUAGAUGAGACAAUGAGCAAAGUAGAAAUAUGGCUUAUUAGAUCCUAUUGGGAUUUGAAAUUUCCCCACCCAACAUUACCAAAUGUUGACUAUAUUGGAGGACUCCAUUGCAAACCUGCUAAACCCUUGCCUAAGGAUAUGGAAGAAUUUGUCCAGAGCUCUGGAGAGCACGGUGUGGUGGUGUUUUCUCUGGGGUCAAUGGUCAGCAACAUGACAGAAGAAAAGGCCAACGCAAUUGCAUGGGCCCUUGCCCAGAUUCCACAAAAGGUUCUUUGGAAAUUUGAUGGCAAAACCCCAGCAACAUUAGGACCCAAUACCAGAGUCUACAAGUGGCUCCCGCAGAAUGACAUCCUGGGUCACCCAAAAACCAAAGCCUUUGUAACUCAUGGUGGAGCCAAUGGCCUCUAUGAGGCAAUCUAUCAUGGAAUCCCUAUGAUUGGCAUUCCUCUGUUUGGAGAUCAACCUGAUAAUAUUGCCCACAUGGUGGCCAAAGGAGCAGCUGUUUCAUUGAAUAUCAGGACAAUGUCAAAGUUAGAUUUUCUCAGUGCACUGGAGGAAGUCAUAGACAAUCCGUUCUAUAAAAAAAAUGUUAUGUUGUUGUCAACCAUUCACCAUGACCAGCCUAUGAAGCCCCUGGACAGAGCUGUCUUCUGGAUUGAGUUUAUCAUGCGCCACAAAGGGGCCAAGCACCUGAGACCACUUGGACAUAACCUUCCCUGGUACCAGUACCACUCUCUGGAUGUGAUUGGAUUCCUGCUCACCUGUUUUGCAGUCAUUGCAGCUCUUACUGUAAAAUGUCUCUUGUUCAUGUACCGAUUCUUUGUAAAGAAGGAAAAGAAAAUGAAGAAUGAGUAGAGCUCAUUGACAAUGCACUACAGAAAUGAAAUUUCAGCGACAUUCUAAUUUAUGAACCACCUUCUAAAAAUUACUAAUUUUUUAUCAAGGUAGAUAACCUUUGUAGGAAGACAUAUAACUCCGUGAAUACUGAUAUGUACUCAAAAAUCCAUCAUUUUUAAAUUUUAAAACCACUUAAUGUAAAAGUUACAUUGUAAAAAAAUGUGCAGAAUAAAAUUAUUCUUGAUAGAGUCCAAAUAAUCAAAGUAUUAACCUUAAAAUAUUUGAAUAGUGUCCAUUAGCUUCUUUGUCUAAUACUGAAUCUGUAGCUUUCAUACAAUAAAAUGUAGAUAACUUGUACACGAUAAA